CUGGGCGCGCCGGCGCGGGAGGGGUGUGUGAGGCAGGGGCGCAGGGGCGGCCCAGAGGCCUGGCAGCUCUCCGUGGCCUUCCGAGCAGCUUCUUCUGAGACGCACCUCCCUCCUCUACGCCGAGAGAUAAGAAAGAUUGAGUUUGCAGUCUUCAACUGAGAAGUUUGUUUUAACUUUGUCCAGGCAACUUAGGCAGAGCUUACAGCAAAUUGUUUAACUAAAGCAUGGGAUACAGAAAACAAAAAACUUCAGCUAAUGCUUUAUUCGCAUGUGAAAUUUUACAGUUUUCCUAGCUUCUCUGGACCCGAUCAUCCUGUUGCUUCUUCCCACAGGCUGCUCCAUCAUUUGACUCUCUUAGACUGCCCACUUCUGAGUGCAGAGAACCUGAGGCUCAUGUGCUUCUGAGCUGCUGUGGAUGGCCCUGGCUCUCUUGACCACCCUUCUGAGUAGGAUGUCACUGAGAUCCCUCAAAUGGAGCCUCGUGCUGCUGUCCCUCCUCAGUUUCCUUGUGAUGUGGUACCUCAGCCUACCCCACUACAAUGUGAUAGAACGUGUAAACUGGAUGUACUUCUAUGAGUAUGAGCCAGUUUACAGACAAGACUUCCAUUUCACACUUAGAGAGCAUUCAAAUUGUUCUCAUCAAAACCCAUUUCUUGUCAUCCUGGUGACUUCACACCCCUCGGAUGUGAAAGCCAGACAGGCCAUUAGAGUUACUUGGGGUGAAAAAAAAUCUUGGUGGGGAUAUGAAGUUCUUACAUUUUUCUUAUUAGGCCAAGAGGCUGAAAGGGAAGACAAAGUGUUAGCAUUGUCCUUAGCAGAUGAACACCUUCUUUAUGGUGACAUAAUUCGGCAAGAUUUUGUAGAUACAUAUAAUAAUCUGACUUUGAAAACAAUUAUGGCCUUCAGGUGGGUAACUGAAUUUUGCCCGAAUGCCAAAUACAUCAUGAAGACAGACACUGAUGUUUUCAUCAAUACUGGCAAUUUAGUCAAGUAUCUUUUAAAUUUAAACCACUCAGAGAAGUUUUUCACAGGUUAUCCUCUAAUUGAUAAUUAUUCCUAUAGAGGAUUUUACCAGAAAUCCCAUAUUUCAUACCAGGAGUAUCCCUUCAAGGUGUUUCCUCCCUACUGCAGUGGUUUGGGUUAUAUAAUGUCCAGAGAUUUGGUGCCAAGAAUCUAUGAAAUAAUGAGUCAUGUAAAACCCAUCAAGUUUGAAGAUGUUUAUGUUGGAAUCUGCUUGAAUUUAUUGAAAGUGAACAUUCAUAUUCCAGAAGACACAAACCUUUUCUUUUUAUAUAGGAUCCACUUGGAUGUCUGUCAACUUAGACGUGUGAUUGCAGCCCAUGGCUUUUCUUCCAAGGAAAUUAUCACAUUUUGGCAGGUUAUGCUAAGGAAUACCACAUGCCAUUAUUAGUUUGACAUUCUACCAAAAGCCUAGAGAAGGAAAGGAUACUUUGUGGAAUGUUUUAAAGUUAGUGCUACAAAUUCUCCAAUGAAAAAUGCAUGGGAAAGGCACUGUGCUGGCUUACACUGAACUGAAACUCAUAAAGAACCCAUAGACUAGAGACACUUGUGAUUUACUUUUACAGAAAUCAAGUCAGGCCCUUUAAAGGUGAUAUUCAGAGGAAUUAAACAUCUUGCAAAAGAAGUGGAGCAAGUUUUGUUAAUACAACUAAUAGAAAUAAACAAUUUGAAUAUGUAGUUCAGUAAACUAGAACUUUUUAAAAAGUUUUUGUUGUAAACUCAUGAUUCCAUAACAACAAAGCAAUGUGGGGUUCUGUUCAUUGAACAAUGUAAUCAGUUAGGGUUUUGUGUAUACCUUAAAUGGAUUACCGAUUUUUAAAAAUAUAUGGUUCUAUGUAAAAAACGUAAUCAACAUUGUAAUGAACAAAAUUUCAUCUGCUUUUGUCAUUCAAAAUGUACUUUAUCAUUCAAAAUGUAUCUUGAAGUAUUUCACAGUUAUCAUUGCUUAUUAAAUAUUACUACGUAGAAUUUCUGGGUGUUUGAAUGUCUUUGUUGUUUCAAUACUAUAUAAACAGAAUAGUGAAUCACCCUUCACAUUUGAACUUUUUUACUCUUGUUCACUGGUGAAUUUAUUAUUGAUAGCUCUAUUAAUGUAAAGUCAUUGGUCAUUAUUGUAUAUCAGUAAUGUUUUGGACUUUGAAAAGAAUUAAAGCAAAUAGAUCUGAAUUGUUGUCUUGUUUUUAAAAAUAUAACCCCCAUGUUUUUAGAGGUCACUUCAUCUGUCUCAUUUUCCGACCAUGAAUUAAGAAAUGUCAGACAGUAUGGAAAGGACUCUGAAAGGAAAAAAGAAAAGAAAAGCCUGAUAAACAGGAAAUUAUGAAAAGUAUCAAUACUUGACAGUACUUGAAUAAGAAGUCUAAAUUUUGGGACACAUUAAUAAUUUGCUUCGUGUAUUUUCUUAUUAGCAAUCAGUUUGAAAAUAGAGUGAAAAUGCUGCUAUUAAUCAAGUGGAACACCCUAAUAUGUCAUCCAAAAUCAAAUCUGAUUUUGUUAUCAUGUAGAAACAGUUUCUUCGUAGGAAUAGUGAUUUAUCUAUUGUUGGACCUGCAACUAUUAGAAGAUCAAAAAGGAGCAUUCCUUGACCUCACAUUCCUGGAAAUGUGCAAUUUUCUAUCAUGACUGGAUAAGUGAUUCCUUUUUUCUGGAUCACAUGAUGGCAAAAGAUCAAAUCUUUUGGUAGAAAAUAAGCACUUAAAAGUAUGUUGUCAGAUCCCUCCUAUAAGAAAAGCUUAAUUUCAGAACUGUUAUGUGAUUCUAAGAAGCCUGAAAUUCCUCCUUUUCCGGCCUGAGACUUUAUCCAAUUACAAUAAAAUCCAUUAAAUGAAAUAUUCUAAGGACUCAGUCUAUGUCCUAGCUAAUCCCCAUUCCUAUAGGAGUCACUCUAAGACUGGUCGAUGAUGGUUAUUUUUAUGGUAUUAGAUUUGAUCAAUUUU